AAUAUUUUCAGAUACGGGCUACUGUUGAUUCCAACAUGGCGCCCAUCAGUGAGAAGGAAGACAGGAUGGGCAAUCUAGACGGCGAAAACAAUUCCGAAGAUGCGGAUAAUUUAUGGGCUGACAUACUGACUGAUGUUCAAUCGGGCUCUGCUUCCAAGCUCCCAACAACAAGAUCAGUUCUUGUUUUGGGGGACAAUGAGUCGGGCAAGACCACAUUGAUUGCUAAGCUGCAAGGACUUGAGGAGCCAAAGAAAGGCUCUGGUCUGGAAUACUACUAUAUUGAUGUCAAAGAUGAAUACAGAGAUGAACAAUCACGGCUUAACGUGUGGGUACUUGAUGGAGACCCUCACCACACAGGCUUGUUGAAGUAUGCUCUGAAAGAAGACAAUUUCAGUGACACCUUGGUCAUGCUGGUGGUGUCUAUGGCGCAGCCAUGGUCUUUGCUGGAGACGCUGAACAAAUGGGCAGAAGUGCUCAGUGACCAUGUGGACAAACUGCGGAUACCUGCUGAGAAAAUGCAGGAAUACGAGCAGAGCUUGGUGAGAGUGUACCAAGGUUACACAGAACCCGGCGACGGCCCAAUAGCCACUCAGGGACCUCCAAGAGGAGAGGUCAAUCCUCUUCAUCCGCCUGCUGCAAGUUCGGAGGAAGAGGCUACUCUGCCUUUAGGAGAGCUUACACUAUCGCGCAACUUAGGAAUACCCAUUGUAGUAGUAGUAACAAAGAGUGACGCAAUCUCCAUGUUGGAAAAGGAGCUAGAUUUUAAAGAUGAACAUCUAGAUUUCAUUCAACAACAUAUUAGAAAGUUCUGCUUGAAGUAUGGUGCUGCUAUGUUUUACACAUCUGUGAAAGAUGAAAGGAACUGUGAUUUGUUGUACAGAUACCUGGUCCACAGGAUAUACGGCUUUCCCUUCACAUCGCCUGCCCUGGUUGUGGACAAAGAUUCAGUGUUUGUGCCAUCAGGGUGGGAUAAUGAGAAGAAAAUAAGCAUCCUGUAUGAGGGCUUGUCAUCCAUGAAACCAGAAGAUGCUUUCGAACAAGUUAUCUCAAAACCACCGACAAGAAAAGUCGUCCAGCGUGAUGCUGAGGUCAGCGCUGAGGAUGAACAGGUGUUCCUCAUGAAACAGCAGUCACAACUAGCUAAACAGCCUGCCCCAGGAACCUCUCCUGCCGAUCCUGCUACAACGGAAGGUAUGCUUGCUAACUUCUUCAACAGUCUGCUGAGCAGCAAAGCCCCGGGGACGCCUGUUGGAAACAAAGCUGCAGUAACCCGAGACGCAGCCGCCGAAUUGGAAAGAAUGACGAGAGGCAAGAAGAAUGCACCGGAGGCUACUGCGUCUCCGUCAACCCCAAAGGGCCCACAAUCCUGAUGCUUCCACUUAAACUUUGAUGAACACGUUGCAUUUCAUGUCAUUUGAGAAAUGAACACAAUGAGAGACUUAAUCGGCGUACCAUGCCGGCUUUCCCCCCUGUCCCAGCUCAUCACUCUCGCUGCAUUGCUUCUUACCAAGUUUACGUUGCUCUUUGUGAACUCUCACCCUUUGAUCACUUCAAAUUCUCUAAAGAAGUACAGAUGCUAGUGUUCUUUAGUGAUGCUCCCCCUUCAUCACUCUAUCAGGUCAGAAGUCUGUGCAACCAUGUUACUCUUAGCGGUCAUCUACGACUGUACUAUCGAAGGGAAGACAGGAUACUCUAUCAACUUGGACUGGUUUCUUUUUAUUAAGGUGUUGUGAGGGGAGGAUUCAUCUAGGUUCUAAGACUACUCCUUGUUUUCUCAAACAAAAAGCUGCCUCUUCAAUGUCGAACUGUGAUGGAAUAAGUCCACACUUGGGUUAUGUGGAAUGGCUGAAACUUUUUCUGCAUGCUAAAUGGGACAAGUGAGUUUGCUGCGGAUACUGAAUUCUGUCAACUAUGAUUUUGUUUUCUUUCUCCUUUAGAAUGCUUGCGUUACAUGCCUUGUCCCCAUUCUUGGACCUUACCUGGUCAGUCUUCCCAGUGUACUCCUGCAAAGAUUUGUGCAAGAAAUACUUUUGUUUUCAGUCUUUAUAGGGUAGAAGGGUUGAAGAAGGAGGUGUUGUGUGCUGGCUUUUAUCCUUAUGUGCCAGCAGCAAAAGCAAGGUAACUGCCUGUCUGAUAAUCCAUAAAGAGAUCUGGUCUCCUUCAGGACUGCCCUGAAUGUUUUAUCUCCCAGCUUGGUCCCACUCUUGGCUUCUUUCCUCCCUCUCCAAAAUUGGAUUCCCCAGAAUUGGUCUUUCACCGCCUCUCAUUAUCUCAACCAUGCAGCCCUGUUUAUAUACAAAUAGGUCUGGGUAAAUUAUUCCAAUGAGGUUCACAUUGCACGUGUUGAUUCCUCUGUUCAUGCAUUGUCCAGGUCAGUGCAGUAGCUGUUUUAUUCAGUGGUCGUCUCAUAUCUUCCCCCCUUCCCCCCAGUUUUGUUCUUACAUCUAUGUCCGUUUUCAGGUGAUGUUCCUCUUUCAGAGGUUGAAUGAGUGAGUGUGACUCUUUGGCUGUGUUUCGAAUUGUACAUAGGAAUGUCUGCUUAAACUUUCUGAGUGAGAGUCGUAAAGAAGAGUACCUGAUAUCAUGCCAAGUUUUCUUUACAAUAUAUAUAGUGCUUGUCUUUUGACCCAUACAUAUUUCUCCCAUUACCCCCCAAAGAAGAUCAGCAAAAUUGAGUCAAAGGUUUUUUCCCUAAUAUAUGGCAUUAAAAUGACAGUGUCUACAUGAAGAACCUGUCUAUUUGUGGGGUCAGAUCACAUAGAAGUGGCCAAAAUGUAAAGUCAAUACUCAUGUACUUCUUUGUUCUUGUUUUAAUUUUUCCCCAUCUUCUUUGCCUGUGUUGGUUUUUGUUGUUGUUACUGUUUACCUUUUAGUUUUAGUCUGUGACUCAUUUUCAUAUUUUCAUUGAAGUAAUAAAGCCUGCUCAUUUGUAAUGGUAGCCCCACCUUUGAGCAGAAAAAAAAUUAAACAAAAAACUAAAAAAUAUUUCAUUCUUAUGAAAAUAGUAUACGCUAAAACAAAAGGCCAUAAUCGCUAACAGUUUUGUACACUUCCCCUUUUAGAACUGCUUUAAUUUGGGGUAAAUGUUUUUAUGAGAUUUGCGAGCUGUGCGGAUGGCUCAUAUCUCAGAUGUGUUGUUAGUAGGUCAGGAGCAGUUUGUUGGGGUUUUAUUUUUCUUCUGAUCAGCAUAAUGUUGUUUCUUUGACGUAGAAUGUGUCUGUGGUCUAAAGUACAUGAAUUGGGUUCUCUUCAAUGUGAUUCUGGGUAUGUAAAGAAUGACUAUCAUGUCUUGAAGUGACAUGCUUAAAAAUGUUGUAGCGUCUUUUUUGUCUUUAGAGGUCUGUGAAUGCCAUGUCUUGUUCGAGUUGUAUAGUUAUAUUGGAUUUGUUCAUCAUAAAUUGACGUAAAAGACCAGGGUUACUGAAAAUUGAAGUGCUUUUCAACAUUUUAUCAUGACAUGGUUAGUGGUCGACGUGUACGUUUGUUUCUUGUUCGAAUGUUACUUGGUCUGCUGUGUCGUUUCGCCCGUCGCAGUUACCCUUGUUCGUUUUCAGUGAAGUCGACAGCAUUCUCUAUUGGAUUUCAUUUGAUCUGUGUACAUGCACCUUGUUCUGUUUUAAAGAUCUUUUCUCAAGCAAUUGGGAAGAAACUUGGAUUUGCCAUAUCACACAACUUGCAAAAGAGAUUGACAGGAAACAAAGCCUUUGUGUUUUAAGUGUUGUCUUGAAUGACUCGAAGUAAAUUUCGUCUUUUGUGAGGCACGGGAAUACCUUUGCCGGUCUAUGUCCCUGAUCUGUCUGCUUCAUUUUCUUGACAUGAAACCCCCCCCCCCCCCCCACCCUGCAUUGCAAUCUCCUUUUCAUCACACAGCCCUCCCCUUCCUUCGCAGGUUCUCUCUCGACCACAUUGCCAUAAGUAGUUCAUGGAAGAUCAUGAGUGUUGUCAUAUUGUAAGUGUUAACUUUAAACAAUGGUUAGUGCUUGGUUCUUGCUCCCUGUCCGUUGGGACCCCUUCCCAAACUGCUUUUAAGUAAUGCAUUGUUGGUGUUGCUGUUGUUGUGGUAAUGAUGUCAAGCAUUUUUAUGAACCUCUGGGGCUUGGCCCCAUAAUUUCUUUUUCAUUUCCCUGUACCAUCGUCUCUCAGCACAGGCAGGGCCUUUGUAUGUGUGUGUGUGUAUAUUUGUAUGUUUGUUUAGAAGUGUACGGAAAAUGGAAGAGUUCGUAUGAAACUUUCACCGUUAAUGAUUGCUUGCAUUACUGUUUGAACUUUUUGGGGAGAUAUACGUGAGAGACAGAACAUGUGUGAUACUAGAUAAUGUUACAAUAAAUGAUUUAAAUGUUUUACUUGUAAUUGAGCCGUAAUUUGCAACAUGAAGAAAGAGAGAGUAGCUUGGAAGUAUUUUGCCUGAACAAGACUUGGCUAUCAAAAGAAAUCCAAUAGUCUGUCAAUGAGUGACGGUGCAAAUAAAACAUCGUAAACAUAACCUGUUAUGGUUUUUUUUUUUUAGUUUCCACUUUAAUUGUUUCUCAAGAUUUGGUUCACAGUUCAAUAUAGAAAGUUGUGUACAUACCAGUUACAGUUUUUGGGGGCUUAUUUUUAAUCCAUGCUAGUAUGAAUGAACGUGACAAAGGUUGACAUACCUACUUUUUUUUUUUGGCUGUAAAAAAGUCAUUCUUACAAAGAAAAACCAGGGGAAAGCACUGUUAAUGCUGUUUUAAUUAGGGCCAGAAACAAGUCUUGUGAUAAGUUUGGCAUUUGGAGGGUGUAAAUAUACACUAACUCGCCUGUGAACUUCUCUGUUGCUGCAGUUCUUAUUUAGAAAUAGAGGGACAAAUUGUUAUGGUAAUGAAAGUGAAAGCGAAAGGAAAUGAUUGGCAUUAGAUUUUGACUGUUACUUAACUUAUUACUUCAGAUAUUUUGAGAGUAGCCUAGCGUCAAGUACGAAAGAAUAUUAGUCUGGUCUGUAUGCUGUGUUCUUACUAGGAGGGGUAUGGCCCAAUUUUUGUUCCCCCUCUUGGACAUUUUGAUGUUCAUGUAAACUACGACAUUGUUUAUUAUUUAAAUUUAUAAUAACGUCAUGUUUUAAUUGAAAAUGGAAUAUAUUCAUUUCUUUUCCAUGCUUCAACUGAUCAAGGAAUAUUACAAAGUACAUACAGUUGUUGGUUUUUUUCCACGAAAUUUCAAAUUUUUGUGUAUUGUACUGUAAAUUAUUAUUAGCAAUUAGGCAUGAGUGUGGCUUUUCUGUCUGCCUAUCUUGUGGAGUGCAGGUUGUUAUCGUCUCUGAGCAGUGGCUUCGGAACAAUUGUUACUGUGCUUCUUUUUUCCUUUUAAGUUUUGACUCUUCAAAUGCUUGCAAUAGUUUUAUGGGUCAAAAGAUAUUCAACCAAGGGCAGAUGGAAUGUAUCACAAACGAUGUGCUUACUAUUAAUUAAAAUUGUUUUGCUUAUAAUCAUGUAAUUUAGUAGGGAGAUAUUUCGAAAAUUCAGUUAAGGGAGUUGCUUUGAAGGCUAGAACCACUAUAGUCUGAUAUUUUAAAAAGUUGUGAAAGGAUUCCCAUGGUUAUUACUUACCUAUAAAAUACUUCUGUUAUGACAGGUCCUAGACAUAGGCUGAUACUGCCUCUCCUAUCACAGCUGACACUGUUUGAUGCAGUCCAGACUAGAUGAUCAGAUGGUUCUUUUUUAGUUUAUAUUACUUUUAAACAAAAUAAAGAAUAAAGUUCAUAUUUUUACUGUUUGCAGUCAUGAUAGGAAAUGGAAGUUGGGAAAGGGAAUAGACAAGAACCCUUGAUUUGACCUGUAUUUGUGAUAUUUGAUAUGCAAUGUGGAAGACAAAUGCUGACCCCCCUGAGAAAAACAAACAAACAUGUAAUAAAUUUUUUCAGUUUAAAAUGGAAAGCAAGUUCAAGUUUUAUUGUCUUAGUGAGAAAAAACACUGCUGUAUUCUAAAUGUAUCAUGUUGUAGCCUUGUAACUUUGAACCUUUAACAGUUUAUCUUCCUUUUUUUUUAUUUCAGUUAAAUUUGUGAUACAGUUUGUUAUGCUUCUAUAUUAUUUUUUUUACGGUCAAACCCCUUUAUGCACAAUUGGAGGGAGAAAUAUCUUUUGCUAUAGUGUCUUUUGAUUGCCUACUAAAGGGGAAAAAAUGAUACUGUCAUGACAUCAUGUAGACAAAGAGAUUGUGUGCUAGGAAGUCCAAGACAUCCCAUAAUUUUGAAAUGUUCAAAUAAGUUUGGAACUUUCAAAAGCUGGUGACAAGAUGCUGAAUAUCAAAAUUCCCUAGAAGGAAAGCUUUCAUCAUGUACAAUCGAGUUCAUACUGAUUUUGCAAAGAGUUUUGGAAUCUUGUUUUCUACCCGUACAGAGUAGUUUGUUUUCUUUGAUCGGACCAAAGUUGUUAGUAACCUGAUCUGAGAGAAUGUUUACCAUGUACUUUGACAAGGAUGUCUAUGAUGUCGAUGAAGUGAAUUAUGUCACAGGCACUGACGUUUGUCAGAACAAAACAAAAAAGAUGCUGAAGGGGUUUGACUGUAUUGAUACCCUCUUAAAGAGGGUCCAACUGAAAGUCGAAUGUUGUGUUCACAGGAGCUUGGGACCUUCGUGUUUUGCAAUGAUAUAUGGUCUCUCAGAAGUAUUGCUGCUCUCUGAGUGCCUUUGUCUCUUGACAAGCAUUUGCUCUUUCACUAUAAAUUCUCCCUCUCCAAUUGGGAUCUGACAGCAUUCAUGUUUUGAAUCCCUUGCAUUUUGAAGACUGAUAGUAGGCGAAACAACAACAGUUGACCACCAUUCAAAAUGUCAUAUAUUUGACUUUCAUGAAUCUUACUGUGCUAAUUUUUUUUUAAACCUAUUGUUUUGUUCUUGCCCAAAUCUUCAUGGCUUGCCCUGUUAAAAAACCCUUUUCGUUUUCGUCUCUGCCAAGAGAAAAGGUUCACUGUUAUUUUAUUUAAAACUCCCGUUUUGUUUAAUCAAAUACUCUUUGUCACUUUCACAUAAGUGGCUUUAAUACAUAGGAGAACAUAUAAUAUUAACUUGUAGAUCUGUCUGGUAAUAUAAAUGACAGAAUAUUCUCAGCUUAUAAUCAUUAUAUACCUUUUAUGGUGGAUGGUAGCUUUAUGUCAUCUAGUCAUUCCUUGGUCUCCAGCACCUCUCCUGGCUAGAGCUCGAGUUGCAGCAGAACUUGAGUAUUGCAAAAGAGAUGAGCGGAGUUCCAAUCUAGGUUUACCUUGUAAUGCACACAGGAUGGCCGCCUUGUUUCUGUUGCUGGCAUUAUUAGUUCGUAGAGCACAUUCUUGAAACAUGUCUUUUUUUUUUUUGCUUUCUACUGUCGUAGUGGUUUGUGAAAGGUUCUAUUUCCAAUGCCCAGGAUUGAGCUGUUUCAAGAUUUUUGUACUUUAUACCAAAGUAGACAUGGGUGGGCACUGAUAAUGGGAAACGUCUCUGGGAGGGGUAAUGAUUAACGGAGUUUGGUUUCUUGAAAAAAGAGCUGCCAGCUGAUUGAAAUAUGGACUUUGUUCUCUUUUUGUCUCUUUGUUCGAGAAGGAAGAUUAAACAUGAAAGUAAUGAAAUAAAAACUAUACCUGCUAUCAUGAGGUGAUGACGGAUCAUUUUCUCCUAUUUUGUAUUUUUGUAAGCAUGGCAUAUGAUUUCGCAAGAUUUGGGCAAGCCAUGAAGCACAGCCUGGGGGGUAGGGCCGGUCACAGAACUCAGAUGGAAUGGUCCUCAGCACUUGUGCAAUAAAGAUUUCUGAAAUACCA